GUGAGGUGGGGCGCCGUGUAUUUAAGAGCUGUACGUCCCAGCAGACUUGCCUACGCAUGUAUUUGUAGUGUGUGGACGAGCGAUUAUGGCGAUGCAGUUAAAUGAAACAUGUGCCACUCUAGAGCGCUCUGUGUGCGAGCGGGUGUCGCCGCUGCUCACAGAUCUUUACCAGUUUACUAUGGCUUAUGCGUACUGGCGCGCGGGCAGACACAACGAACCCGCCGUGUUCGAGUUGUUUUUCAGGGAUAAUCCGUUCGGCGGCGGAUUCUCACUUUUUGCAGGAUUGAGCGACUGUUUGAUGUUUCUGAGGAACUUCCGUUUCAAAAAGGAAGAUGUAGAGUAUUUGCGCUCAGUGCUCCCCUCGGACACAGACCCAGACUUCUUCACCUACCUGAAAGAAUUAGACUGCUCUGCUGUCUCCGUCAGUGCUGUAUCUGAGGGCACUGUUGUGUUUGCCAGGGUACCUUUUUUGGAGGUUUCUGGCCCUCUUGCCAUUGUUCAGUUGCUAGAAACCAGCCUGCUGUGUCUGGUCAAUUAUGCAAGUCUGGUGUGCACAAAUGCUGCGCGCUUUCGUCUAGCUGCAGGCCCCAAACGCCGGCUCCUAGAGAUGGGCCUGAGGAGAGCUCAGGGACCAGAUGGAGGACUGACUGCAUCUCGAUAUACAUAUAUUGGAGGUUUUGAUUUGACGAGUAAUGCUCUGGCUGGGCGUCUCUUUGGGAUUCCAGUGACCGGAACAAUGGCACACUCUUAUGUCACAUCCUUUUCCUCUCUGGAGGAGGUUUGGCCACAGACUUUGGUGCCUUCCAGGGGCGGUGACCCCAUUGAUCUCAUCUGUUUGGUGAAGGGUUGGUUGGGACGUGUGUGCCAGCUAUUAGGAACAAAGCCUCAGAGGGUACGCGAAGGAGAGCUUGCUGCCUUCCUGUCCUAUGCCAUUGCAUAUCCCCAAAACUUUCUGCCUGUGAUUGACAGCUACAGUGUCAGCUGCAGUGGGUUGCCGUGUUUCUGUGCAGUUGCUCUGGCUCUAUGUCAAUUACACUAUCAGCCUCUGGGCAUAAGGCUGGACAGUGGAGACCUCUGCAGGCAGUCUGUUGAAGUGCGGCGUGUCUUCAGAGAGUGCAGCAACCAUUUUACUGUCCCUGCAUUUGAGUCUUUCAUCAUUGUGUGUACUAACAGCGUGUCUGAACAAAGUCUUGCUGAGCUCAACAAAAGAGAUAAUGAGAUUGAUGCAGUGGGAGUUGGAACUCACCUUGUUACCUGCACAAGUCAUCCCUCCCUUGGCUGUGUAUACAAGUUGGUAGAAGUCAGAGGUUGUCCCAGGAUGAAGCUGAGUGAGGAUCCAGAGAAGAGUACACUGCCAGGCAGAAAGGCCAUCUACAGACUUCUAGACACAGAGGGUCAUCCUCAAAUGGAUCUAAUUUGCCUGUCAGAGGAAACUGCUCCUAAAGUGGGUGUGUCACUGAACUGUUACCCUUUAGGGCUGGACAAGGGUGUCCAGUCGGUGACACCUGCCCAGGUGACAAGCCUACGAUCAGAUGUCUUCUUCCAUGGUGAGAUCGCACUCCCACUGAGCAGUGCAUCUGAUAGUCGAAUAUAUGCCCAGACUUCCCUUCAAGCCCUGUACCCCCACCACAAAAAACUGCAGGAACCAGAGAAUUACACAGUGGCUAUAUCAGAGAAAAUUCAUUCUCUUGUGUCUGACAUCAGAAAGGGAAACAGUAAAGGCAGUAAUUUUCUGCUCUCCAACUGAGUUUAAUUCACUACAGAACCUCAGUUUCACAGCAUCACAUCCAUGCACAAUUAUACUCUGCUGCUGAUCUAAUGAUUCUGUUUGCAUGCUUAAAGUGUAGAAUAAAAAAUAAACCUAAUUUCUGCAGA